CUAUUAUAACCCCCUCAGCUCCCCCUGAAUCUCAUUUCGGUGUAAAUGCCACCUUUACUGUUCAGUUUGCGCUCGUUGGUUUUGACAGUCGAGUCUAAUCGUCUGUUAGCUAGUGUUGCCAUGUAACGUUAUCUGCGCAAACUUGGGGACCUCCGUAAACCGGACAAGAAAUGCGAUGUUAAAAAAUGUCAUACUGAAGCGUCUCGGUUAAACCCAUGGUGUGGAAACCCUUUUCAAGGAAGAGAGAUCUUUGGGAGGGAACGUGAGGCUUGACUCAUGACAUAAACCAAGGACCCACCUGGAACCAUCUACUUGUCUGUCUUUUGUUUUGUUUCGAUUUUUUGUUGUCUUGUCUCCACCUGUCUUUCCUUGUAUUCACCCACUCUUGUGCAGAACAGAAAAAAAUACAGGAUCAUUUGCUUGAAUGAAACUUUAAUGAACCACACUACUGUCCAGAGGACCGACCAAGUCACUCCUCUUGUCUGCCUCCUUAUAUCACUGAGAUUAAAGAUAGCAAUAGUGGUGUCAAAGGUCUUGUAAAAGCCUUGGAAAAACUUUAUGGCAUUAAUUACAAGUAAAGACAGCACUUGCAACAUGCUUUAUAGAGUUUUCAGUUUCAGCAUUCAUUUAAUUUAAUUGUUGUAGCUUCGUUGUCUAAACAAGGUGUGUGUUUUUGUCUUAUUAAUUAAUCACUUUUUCAGUGCAACGAAGAGUGUUGGAUAAUUAUUUAAAAACUUGUUUUUAAUGUUAAGUAGCUGCUCCGCUGCCUUAAAUUAUUUUCGCAAUUAGUGGCUUUAAGAUGUAUUUUAAACUUACUUUGUUUACUUAUGCAAUAUUUUUGAAAUAACACUUGUUUAAAUGACUGCUGUUGUAAUGGACACUUCAAAUUGAAGUCCUGUUUUCUUUGAAUGUAUUGAAGUAAUCAACUCUAACUGUGAUGCAAAGACUUUAACAGUUCCCACCUUCACUGGAUAAAUAUGCUACACAUAUAAACAUUUGAACUGGAAGAUGUUCUUUUUCUUUUCAAAGGAAAACUUCUUUUUGAAAUGGACAGAUGGGAACAGGAACUUUUUUGUGACUUUAUUUCUUGAGUUCAAGCACUGAAAAGAGAAUAAUUUUGAGGAGAUUUCAGGGAUUGAGUUCUCAGAAUUGCAUUCAAAUACAACUUGAUAUUUUUUUUUUGCUCUCUUCCUCUUUUCACCUCUAACAUGAGUAAAUACACCCCAUAAACUUGUUGGACAUAAUUUUUCCUCUUUAACCAACCACUUGAAAAGUGAGGAUGCGAUCUCCAGAACCUUUUUCAACUCCUCCAGCAGAAGCCCUCCUUCAUGGCCAGUUUGCGAGCUGGGGAUUGGGCAGCAACACUAACAGCUGCCCCAACAGCCCUGGUGGUCCGGGUGUACUCUCCCCAGCUGCCUCCCCUACUGUGGCUCCAACUUCCAACUAUGCCCUGACCCUCACCCACACCCACAUACAUAUCCAGCGCUUGUCACCACGACCGGGAAAGGAAGCUCGUCUGCUGCUACCUUUAUCAGAGCUAGUUGGCUGCAGCUGCCCUCGCGCCCCUGCACCCCCCCUUCUGGUGCUGUACUGGUACCCACCAGGGAAACGACGGAAAGGUGUGUCCCGUCGCAGGCAAGUGAGGGCCUACCUCGCAGAAAGCAGGCAGGAAGGUGAGAGGUGGUCGGCCGCUGUCCAGUGUCUUCUUAGAGGUGUGACCGUCACUGCUGACACAGAAUUUUCACGAAGUCUGCUACCUCGUCCAAGGCGACUACUGUUAUUGGUGAAUCCCUUCAGUGGGAGAGGCCAGGCCAUGCAGUGGUGUCAGACCCUCAUCCUGCCAAUGAUCAGAGAGGCCAACAUCAGCUACAACCUUAUUCAGACAGAACGUCAGAACCACGCACGGGAGCUAAUCAGAGAGAUAUCACUUCCUGAGUGGGAUGGCAUCGUCAUUGUUUCUGGAGAUGGCCUACUGCAUGAGGUCCUUAAUGGACUGAUGGAACGUCCAGACUGGGAACAAGCAAUAAAAAUACCUGUUGGCAUUCUGCCCUGUGGCUCUGGGAAUGCACUGGCUGGCUCCAUCAACCACCAUGCAGGGUAUGACAUGUGCCUUCGGGAGCCUCUGCUUUUGAACUGCUGCUUUUUGCUAAGUCGAGGUGGUGUUCGACCGAUGGACGUGGUGUCUGUGACAACAAGCCCUGAUCUCUCCAACAACAGUCGCCCUGCAGCACCCAGGAGACUAUUUUCAUUCCUUUCUGUUGCCUGGGGUUUUGUGUCUGAUGUGGACAUAGAGAGUGAGAGAUAUCGUGGCCUGGGCUCAGCCCGCUUCACCCUCGGCACCCUGGUGCGCAUAGCUUCUCUACGAUCUUACAAGGGUCGCCUGUCCUACCUGCCGCCCUCUGUUGUCACGACAUCACCAGAUGAUACACCACCUCCACCAAGGAGACCGCUCUCCCGUAGUAUCACAGAAGGUCUUGAGGGCUUCUGCCGAACACCCAUUCAUCGCACUUGCUCUGACAUGGGCAUCAGUGAGCAGCGAAGCCUGCGCAAGGGCGAGGGAGAGAGGGAAAAAGAGGAGCGGCAGAGAGAGAGGGAGAGAAGAAGGGAGAGGGCUAGGGGAGGAGGAACCGGUGUGGUGAGGGCCAGCAGCUUGGCAGAGGACAGAGAGCGGGAGGGGGAGAUGGACAUGGAAGCAGAAGAGGAGCGGUCAGGGACGAGUUCAGAAUCAAAUGAAAGGGAUGAAUGCAAUAUGGGAAGGAAAGAAAGGUUGGCAGGGAUCAAGGAUGAAAGAGAAGAGGAGGGAAGAGUAGAACAAGACUGUAGUGAGAGAGAGGAGGAGGAUAGGGGGAAGGAUGGGGAAGGCAGUGGUGGUUCUGUAGAGGGAGAGGGAGUGUUGCACGCAAGAGAGCUGGGAGAGAACUAUGGGGUUGAUAUGGGACGCGAGGCAGAUGAAGAGCCAGAGGGUUCUUUCACUCACCAAGACGGCCUUCAGGAAGCCAGACAGUCACUGAGAAAGAAUUCAGCCCCUUCCAGCCAGAUAGCCAGCACUCUUUUUAACAAGCCGCUUAGUCAAGAGGAAGAGGCUGAGUCUGGCACUUCAUAUGGAGGAGAGGACAUGGAUCUGAAUGGAACCUACUACCAGAAAGAACCCUACCCACUAGAUGUUGGUCGUGAACGAUCUCUCACCAUCUCCUCCCCCUUUCGUCACUCUCCUUUCUCUUCCAAGCCCAAGAACCUGGACCAAAACCAGAAUGCCUCAAGGCCAAGGCCCCUCUCCCUUCUUCAGCACUCCAACUCAAACUCUCUCCCUCCGAAACUCCCCUCCCUCUCUCUGUCACUUUCUCCCACACCGCCUUCUUCCCCAUCUUGUGCCUCCCCGCAUUCCUCAUCCUACCUUGCACCUCGUCCUAACACGCCAAACUCGCCCUCGCCCUGCGUGCGCACACCGUCCUCAUCUUUUAACUUUGACAUUAAUGAGCCUGCAGGACCCUUUAGGAACCGUCCUUUUGUUUCACUACCUUCAAAUCUCCCAAGGGAUGGCUUGUUACCGCCCCUUGACCAACCCCUUCCCACCAGAGAUUGGGUCACCAUAGAGGGGGACUUUGUCCUGGUCCUGGCACUUUACCAGACCCACCUUGGGGCUGACCUCCAUGCUGCACCUCAGGCCAGGUUUGACGAUGGACUGAUCCAUCUGACCUUUGUGCGAGCGGGAAUCUCCAGAGCCACUCUACUGAGAUUGUUUUUUGCCAUGGAAAGAGGAAACCACCACUCAGUCAGCUCGCCAUAUGUGAGCCAUGUGACCUGCAGGGCCUUCAGGCUGCAGCCUCUGUCUACACGAGGAACCCUCACUGUGGAUGGAGAACUGGUGCCCUACGGGCCACUUCAAGCACAGGUUCAUCGUGGCCUGGCCCGUCUCAUUGUUGGCGACUCUGGAGUAAAGAUUACCAGAUUCUAAUCAAGAAUCGGUUGAGAUGACUGACAGAUACAGCACUCUACUGAAUUACGUAAUCUCUGUUGCCAUCCGUACUCUGAGAGGCGGAGGGGGCAUGUCUGAGAGACUUAAAAUAGCCUAGAUUGCAGAAACUGUUGUUCUGUGGUUUAAUGAAAAGGAUAACCAUCCAAGCCACACAUCAUUGGAGCAUGACUGCAGGGAUUAAUGUUUGAAAAUGGAUGAAAAAUGCGUGUCAUUGCACAGCUGUUGGAUUACACUCAGCAUAGGCUGAGAAGCAUUAAAGCUGCACAUACUGGGAUAAUAAGAGGAAAGAACAAUCGAAUGUUUGUGGGAUUUUUUGUGCAGAUAGUGCAUGUGUUGGAUGUAUACAUAGUAUGCAUGCAUUGAAGCACUACCUGAUUUUUGCCUUACAAUGAGAUGGAGAAGAAUCAGAUUAAAUUCUUAAAAAUUCUUAAAAAACGGAGUUCUUAAAGAUUUAAAUCUAUGAAAAAAUUUGAGACCCUGAUAAAAAUUGUCUCCCAACCCGUAAUUAUUUUUGUCCUAAUGUUUGACUAUUAAUAACUUCUGUCCCUGAAAGGAAUGCCUUAUUUGACACUUGACAGUACAGUUGUACCUUUGCCCUUUCUUACUUACCUAAAUCCUAUUCAUCUCUAUUCACCUGUCAAGAGUCUCCGUCCUCUUCCUCAAGGCUAUGCUUAUAUUCUUAGACAUACUGGUAGACCCAUCUACCUACCAUUAUGUUUGAGCAUACUACUCCACUGUUUUAAGCAUCUGUGGAGAAAAUGUGGAUGACACUUAACUUCAAUGACAAGUUAGUUGAUAUGGAACCGCAAGAGUAAGCUUUUCAAGGUCAUUACAUAGGUAGGAGCAGUGGAACCGUUGAACGGUGAAUGAAGUUUUUACAUCAGCUGCCUCAUUUUCUUUGCCAGUGGAUGUACAAUGUUGAUGUCAGUGAUAUGUGCUAAGACUUUGCAGAAUAAUGAACAUAAAAAUGUCUUAACAAAACAAGCUUCUUUGCCAUUGUUUUAGACUUUAUUUUCAAGAAAUCUUUCAGAAUUACAAACAAUAGUCCUUUCCACUAUGCUAUAUCUACAGUAUAUCACUGUUUCUGAGUAGUCAUCUUUUGGAAGAGUAACUAGAGGACAUUAUAUGUCUGUUAGGUAGCAUCUGGUGCAGUUUUUUGCACAUUAAUUGGAGAUGGAGCAGCACAGAAAAUCACAAUACUAGAAUGCACAGUAAGAUUUAGAGAACGUAGAGUCAGAUACAAUAUUUUUUUGUUUCUGAAUAUAAUAGAUGCACUAGUAACCCAAGUCCAGAUGCCAUAAUACCAAGUAGUAAGUUGCAUUCCUAGUCAGAAAUUGAUUUGUACACUUGUAGCAUGUGAGUUGUAGAACUGACUGAUUACAAAAUAAUUUGGAAACUAAAUGUAAACAGAGAAGCCAUAAAAUCUGGCAGCUCUCUGUUGUUGGAUCAGACUUAUAAUCAAGCGAUAGAUCAGGAAAAACAAUUUGUAUUGUGAGAAAUUACCCAGCAGCAGAGACAAGCUCUUUGUAUAAGUGAAAAAUAUGGGUCUUAAAUUUAAGAAAUGGCUUGAGAACAUAAUGACUUGCAAAUUAUAAUGUCAAAUAAAACUGCAGAUCACCAAAUCUGGCAAGGACUUGUGUUUUCAGUUUAAAAUCUGUUGGGCUGGACAAAGGAAAGGUCAUUAGCAUGUGCAGUGUAUAAGUAAGAUCAUGUCUCGACUGCUUGGGUCUUCAUCAACAUACUGUAUGUCUUGGUCAUGCCUGGACAAAUCAAUGCCUUUGUAUAAUAAGCCUGUACAUUCUGGCUGUUGAUCACAAACUGUUAAAGCUGACUGCAGAAAAAGUGGAGUAAAACUCUUUGAUCACA